CGUACGGUUGCUAGUACUUUCCCGUAUACGGGAAUAUUUAUGGAGUGUCGGAGAGCUGCACACAGCUGUCGCUACUGAGUCAUACGUCAUACGCCAUGGAUUUCACCGGGUUCUUGGUGCUUUUUGUGGUGGCCUCGACACUGACCUCGAAUUCUGAGGCCCAUGACUCUAGAGAAUCGAGCUCUGAAGACCCUUUCAGUCAUUGCCCAUCAGAGAGGCAAAUGUGCCAUCAAAAUGGCACCUUCGCUUAUUGUGCCGGGCUGAAAGUGAGGUAUCCGGGUGAGAAAACGGAUGCCAACUGGGUCUAUUGCGACUCAAUGUUUUGCGAACCGGAGGAGUUCCAGCACGAUUACAUCACGCGGAACCAUGACCAAACGCCUCAUCAGAACAAGUGGAAAAGAGCCAGAAUCGGUGAACGUGCCACUCUGCACGAUGUCUGUCUCCUGAGGAACGGAAUGCCUGUCACCAGACAGUGUCUCUUGGUCAACUAUCGAGCGCAAUGGGAGUCCUUGGAGCAGCAACCACCAGUCGUCUGUCUGCGGCGGUUUAGGGAGCACACGAUCAGCGGUGACUUGAACAGCCUGCACGAUGAUGUGCUGGAGGGCAGGAGACGCACCAACGACACCCAAGGCCGUCGCGAGAUGACUGGAAUUAUGAGAACAAUGUUCCGUCAGCGGGAGAGGACUCUUCUGCCCGCCGAUAUCCAUGUAACUGGCCAGAUGUUUGGUACUCUUAUGCAGCAGGAGAAGGAUGCCUCCGUCAGUGUCGACUUGGUCAGUGUCUGCAAGGAGAUCAUGUCCAGCGACAGUCAAGUGUUGCGCUUAUCCGCUGAACUGAAUGCCACCAACUCCCUGUUGAGUAACUUUGAGAGCUACAUGGAUGCGCUACCGGGACAAAUGGUUCCCACUGAUAGAUGUGGCAAAGUGGUGCCCAAUCCAACCAGUGACGCCACCACAACAGCCACAACUGGCGUGGAAACCUAUAACUUCUCUGAUAUUGGAGUUCAAGUAUUGAUAACAGGAAAUAUUAGUGUAUUCUUCGCCAAUCCUGGUUGUGAUGGCAUUACUGGCAUAGCCAUCUACUCUGCUCAAGCCGAGGGGAGGAGGUCUUCCUCUAGCGGAUUCUGGUAUCGCUUUCUACGUUCCACCGAAAACUUAAAAAGGGUCAAGGAAGAAAACCACCUGGAGACGGCGGCUUUUCUUCCUGAAAAUCUUUGGCAAGUGGUGAAAGCCAAGGGUAUUACCUACAUAAUCUUCAAGGUCUAUGCUCACGACGCACUCUUUGUCGAAACUUCACGAGAUCGCAGUCGCAAGCCUCGCAGCAAAGUAAUCUCCAUUUCUUUACCGGAACUUGAGGAUAAAUCCCUUCCCUUGCCUUUACCCUUUCUCCUCCGUAACGAGAACCUUCGGGAUCCGGAUGUGAGGUCCAUUCACUUGGGCACUGGCUGCGGUUUCUGGAACUACGAGACCUGGAGCAGCGAUGGAGUGACCACUGCCAGCAGCUCGAAUCUGCUGAGGGAUACAAUCAUAGAAUGUAACACCAAGCAUCUCACACAGUUCGCCUUCCUGGUGGGUGGCAGCUAUCGGACAAACGACCUGGGAGAAGAGGUCCUGAUAACGCCGCUAAACGAGCGCGUCCUUGACAUCAUCUCGAUUGUGGGCUGCAGCAUGUCGCUACUGGGAAUCUUUGGCAUCUUCCUCACAGCCGCAGUCUUCAAGAGCUGGCGCAGUCAGGCCUCCACGAAGGUGCUGCUGCACCUGUGCCUGGCCAUGUGCCUGCAGAUGGUGCUCUUCGUGUUCGUCAACACGGAUGACAUAUCAGAGCAGCUGGUGGUCAAUGGUGACACCAAGCGCUGUGUGGCUCUGGGCGCUGCCCUGCAGUACUCCAUAUUGGUGCUGUUCACCUGGAUGCUGAUCAUUGCCUUCCUGCAGUUCCAGCGCUACGUGACCGUCAUAGGAAUCGAGAGGCCCAGUCACUACAUCCUAAAGGCAGCGAUUGUGGCCUGGUCGUUGCCCCUAAUUCCCACUCUCCUGGUGGCCCUAAUCGAUCCGGAUUCAUACCUGCCCUCCGCUGCCCAGCUGUCUACGGACACUGGAAUCUGCUAUCCCUCGGGGUAUGGCCUCACCUUCGGAGUAGUCUUACCCGUGACUCUCAUUACGGUCGCCAAUCUGGUGAUCUUUGUGUAUGUGUUCUACAGCAUCUCGCACUCGUUGAAUCAGAGCAUCCACAAAUCUGAGCGAAAGAUGGUGGUCAAACAGAUCAAGCUCUCAAUCAUGCUGUUUUUCCUGCUGGGACUCACCUGGAUCUUUGGCAUUUUCGCCUUCAUGCAGGCAGGAGUGGCCUUCUCGUAUAUGUUCUGCAUCACAGCCACCAUGCAGGGAUUUGUGAUGUUCGUGUACUUUGUGCUCUUGGACGCGGCUAACCGUCGUGCUUGGGUGGGUCUAAUCUGUCCCACAAGGAUGAAGAUGGAUGUACAGAAGCGCACCACCGAGCUCCAGUCGAUGACCACCUCCUCCACUAACUUUACGAGCAGAUCGCACCAGUAGAUCCGGAAAAUCCCAUCUUACCAACGAACAAAUGGUCUUACACCAGUGUAUUGAUAUAUUUAUAUUACUUGCCA